GUAAAAUCGGUCCCAAUCAGUAAGGGAACCGACACCGGUGUAGGAUUGUGUGAUACGUUCGAUGCUAGGUGUGGAUAAUCGGAAACAACAAUGAGCUACUUCCGCAGAAACUUUGUCACAAUACAAGCGGUGGCAUUUUCGGUGACGGUGUCAACGCUCCUGGCGCUCGUCACCAUCGUGGCCGCGGACGAGAUCCGGGACACGCGCGAAGGCGAAACAGUGACGUUGAAAUGUCGCUUCAGCGAACAGUCGGCAGCAAGCGAUUUUUCCUACUACUGGGCACGUUCGACCGGCAACAAAUUCGACAAUGUUGCCAUCAAGGGUGUCCAGCUCAACACGAACUACAGGAUCGAUUUCCGACCAGAACAGGGUAUUUAUGAUCUCACAAUCAUGAACACCUCGUACAGCCGGGACAAUGGGCGGUUCGAGUGUCGAGUGAAAGCGAGUGGAACUGGUGCGGAUGUUCAUCAAGAGUACUACAACCUAACCGUUCUGACACCGCCACAGCCACCGUUUGUGGAGCCAGUCGAGCUGCGGGCUACCGAGGACGAAAAGUUCAACCUGACCUGCAGUAGCAUCGGUGGCUCACCGGAUCCAACGAUCACGUGGUAUCGAGUAGGGUCGGAAAAACCUCUCAAGUCUAGCAUCGCCAAGGGCGGAUCGAAGGAUCUGCGCACCUCGAGCACCCUAUCGAUCGUGCCCCGGCGCGAAGAUGAUGGGGCCAAGUUUCGCUGCGUUGUCUGGAAUCGUGCCAUGUCGGAGAAGGACAAGCUGGAAACGACCGUCACCCUGUCCGUAAACUAUUAUCCGAGAGUUAAGGUGGGACCGGAAAAUCCGCUGCGCGUUGAACGGGACAGCACAGCUUUGCUGGAGUGUGCGGUGGACUCGAAGCCGAAGGUACCGAACGUGCGAUGGACACGCAACGGACGACUCAUCAGUUCCUCACCAACCCAUCCGAUACAGCGCGUUUCGGUACAGGACGCUGGUAACUAUGCCUGCUCGGCCGACAACGGAUUGGGUAAGGUCGGCGAACAGAUCAUUACACUGGACGUCCUGUACGCUCCGAUCGUGGUGAUCGAAUCGAAAACUUGGGAAGCGGAAGAAGGAUCCACCGUUACGAUACGCUGCAAUGUCACCUCGAACCCGCCUCCGAUAUCGAUCGAAUGGUUCAAGGAGGGCAGUCCAGACUUCCGCUACACUGGUGACAUUCUGCAGUUGCGGGGCGUAAAGGCGGAGCAUGCCGGUCGGUACGUGUGCAGGGCAGUUAAUAUGAUGAAACCUUACAAUGGUAAAAUUGUCGAACGUGUCGGUAACUCUACCGUCGCCCUUCUGGUACGCCACAGGCCCGGCCAGGCAUACAUAAAUCCGAGCAAACCGGUCGUCCAUGUUGGUAACGGUGUGACACUGACCUGUUCGGCGAAUCCUCCCGGUUGGCCCGUACCACAGUUCCGCUGGUUUAAGGAUGCAGUCGGAGAAUCGCUAUCCAGCAGUAAAACUAUCUUAGCCCAGGGUUCACAGUACGUCAUACCGCGGGCACAUCUCGGCAGCGAAGGAAUCUACCACUGUCACGCCGUCAACGAACUGGGGCAUGGUCCGACGGCCACGAUCAACCUGGAAGUUCACCAACCACCACAGUUUAUUGGCAAAAUGCAACAGCACAUGACGAAGCGUGUAGGUGAUACGGACUUUUCGGCCACUUGCCAUGCGAAAGGGAAACCACGCCCGAUGGUACGAUGGCUUAAAGAUGGCCGGGACAUCACCACCGAUGCGAAUAUGUACCGGAUUAGUACCAACAAUAAUGACGGUCUCAGUGGCAUGGUGACGGUACAAAGUACGCUACUCUUCCAAGGGAAAGCGCGUCCGCACAAAAACCAACUGCUUCCAAGCGAUCGGGGCACAUACACGUGUCUCUUCGAGAACGAGGUCAGCACAGCUAACGCUAGCAUGAAUCUACGCAUCGAACAUGGGCCAAUUGUGCUUCAUCAGUACAACAAGGUAGCGUAUGAAAUCAAUGAAAAUGCGGCCGUUAUGUGCCGUGUGCAGGCUUACCCAAAGCCCGAGUUCCAGUGGCAGCUGGGAACAAACACGGCUGCCCUAUCGAUGUCCUCUGAUGGACACUACGAAAUCAACACUACUACCGACAACAACGACAUCUACACAAGCGUGUUGCGCAUCAACCGGGUUAAGCACGAGGACUACGGAGAUUACACGUGUCGCGUCGGCAACUCUAUCGAGACGAUUCGAGCACCGAUCCGUUUACAGCCGAAAGGUCCACCGGAAAAGCCCACAAACCUGGGGGUGGCUGACGUUGGCUCGAACUAUGUGUCGCUUGUUUGGGAUCCCGGUUUCGAUGGUGGCAUCACCAACACAAAGUUCUACGUAUCGUACCGCAAGGUAGCCAUUCCUCACCAUGACCAGGUCAAGGAGGACUGUGGCAUUGUGCAGCAGGUUAGCUCGGAAUGGAUGGAAUACGACUGUCAGCGUGAUGUGCCAUGCAGCGUAACCCCACUGGACCAGUAUCAGAGCUAUGUCUUCAAGGUGAAAGCGAUCAACAGCAAGGGCAACUCUGAACCAUCCAAUGAAGUGGCGACCACGACAAAGAUCAGCAAGAUCCCGGUGCCACUGCACGUUGGUUUCGAUCCCGACACGAAGCAGCUCGGCCUAAACAUCGGUGCAACCUGUUUGGCGCUUAUUGCUGUUGUUGAAACGAUCGGUUUUCACGAGAGCCCGAUAGCGACGUGGCAGGUGGUGCAGUCCAUUCCACUAUCUGUCUCUGGUAACGGUCCAACCUACAAGGAACAGGUACUGGAAAACAUGUACUCCGCACGACGUUCCAGCGGUCGAUCGAUGGCAAGUGACGAUGAUUUUCCGAUGGCGCUGGAGGAGGAAAUUCCACCUAAAGUACGCGUAAAGCUGUGUUUAAAGUCGAGCCAUGAGUACUGUGGGGACUAUAUGGAUGCAGAAAUUGGUCCUGCCCUCAUACACGACUCAGCGUUCAUCGCUACGCCGACCCUUAUAGCGAUCGUGGUUUCUUGCAUAGUGUUCGCACUGUUUGUUGGCUUAAUGCUAAUGUUUUGUCGCUGCAAGCGCAAUCAGACGAAAAAAUCAAACCAAUCAAAAGAUUACGAGAUGGACUCGGUAAGACCGUCCAUAGUGGCCCAGCAAAGUCAGGCACCGCCACCUUAUUAUCCCACAACUACCGGCCUCGACAACAAGGCACUUGAACACUCGAUGGAUCUCGCUCUAGCGCUCGAGGAUCAGAAAACGUCCGUCUACGCAACACACAACGGUUACGGAUAUCACACUGGUACGAGCAUACAAGUAGCCGGCCAUAGUCUACCAACCAAUGAAUGGGUCACGAUGGGUUACACGGAAAACAGUUACACCAAUUCAAACAACGGCGGCAGCGUCAAUUCACAGGAUUCCAUUUGGCAGCUUAAAGGAGCACCACCGCCACCGGGCGGCUCCACGACGAUGGCCAUCGGCAUGCAACCGCUAUCGAUGGCCAGCCUGCAUGGCGGUGGUUCCGCGUACGCUACCACCACGACCACCACUACAGCAGCGGCCGGUACGCCCGGUCUUGCCUACGGGUACGAUCCGAUUGCAACGCACUCGAACGUGUACGGCGGGGCGACGAUGACGAUAGGGGGUGACGAAUAUAGCCAGUAUCCUCACCAGGCGGCCACGCCCAGCCAGCAUGGUGGCGAAGACGAUUACCUACACCACCAUCACCAUCAUGCGGCGGCAAUGCGCCAAAGCCAGAAUCCCUCCCGGCAGCAACAGCAGCAGCAGCAGCAGGAGUACUGCGGCGAUUCCUACGCAUCUGUACAUAAAGCAAAGAAACGAUUAGACCAGCCAUCGCAUUUCGAUUCAUCAUAUCACGACGUUAGCGGUUUGCCUGAUCCGUACCUGGAUCAGCAGCAAGAGCAGCAUCAACUGCAUCAGCUAGAUCACGAGGAUAGCAAAUCAUUGCUUCAGCUUAACCACCCGCAAGACCACGGCAGCUUACACCUGCACGCACAGCAGCAACCGCAGCCAAUCUACGAGGACAACCUGGAGAGCGGCUACUCGACACCGAACUCGCGGAAUCGUCGCGUCAUACGGGAGAUAAUUGUCUGAGAACAGCCCCGGGUACGGUUCGCUGAUAGCGGAUCGUGCCUGUAAGCUGGAAGUGCAAAUCCAUCCAUUUCCGGUUC